CUCAAAAGUCAUGUCCCGAUCAACUGGCAUCAUUUUUAAUGAUGAGAUGGAUGACUUCAGCUCUCCAUACAUCACCAACGGCUUUGGAAUCCCUCCAUCUCCUAACAACUUCAUCCAGCCUGGUAAAAGGCCUCUCUCUUCUAUGUGCCCAACUAUUAUCUCUGACAAAGACAAUAGAGUGAAAAUGGUGGUGGGAGCCUCUGGUGGAACAAAGAUCACCACAGCAACUGCCCUAGUGAUUCUGAAUACCUUGUUCUUUGACUACGACCUGAAAAAAGCUGUGACACUACCUCGAAUUCACAAUCAACUCAACCCAAGUAUGACUGUAGUGGAGGACGGCUUUGAAAAGAGUGUAUUAGAUGGCCUGGUAAAGAAGAACCAUGUAACAGAGCUGCUGAUGACUCCUGAUUCAGUGGUGCAGGCGGUGGUGAGACAGGGGGAGCGGCUUUGUGCCGAGUCCGACCCCAGGAGGGGCUAUCCAGCGGGCUACUGA